ACUGGCAUUCUACCUAUUACAUUUCUAUGGCACCAAUACGCAUCUGCAUCCCAUCGCUCAAGCGGCCGGAGGACACAAGAUACAGGGAUGAUGAUAAAUAUACCGAGAAACUGUGUUAUUACAGACAACAUCUCACUUAGUUUGGAAGGCGGUAUGUAUGCCUCAUCUUGGCAGGAGAUGCCGACCACUGCAGGAGAGUCAACCUUGUAAACGGGAGACGCAAAAAGAAGCUUAUGUCUGCAGACAAAACCACGACUGUGGGACUCUGCGGAGCUUAAAGAGCAUUAAGAACACAAACUAAUCCUGCGCAUUGGUCAAAACAUCACAACUAAGAGCGAUUUGAUCAAAGAAAGAUGAUGUUUGUUUUAACGAAGACUGUGGAGCAGUAGGAUCGCGAUCUUUUGGUGUCAUUUUAAUUGUAGACUGUGUGAAAUGGGAGCUUUGACAAGCCGUCAGAAUGCCGGAGUCGAGGAGGUCGAUAUACCGUCCAAUUCUGUUUACAGAUAUCCACCCAAAACCGGGAGUUAUUUCGCUAGCCACUUCAUAAUGGGAGGAGAGAAGUUUGAAUCAACUCAUCCUGAAGGCUAUCUCUUUGGUGAAAACACCGACCUUAACUUUCUGGGCAACAGACCAGUAGUGUUUCCAUACAAUGCCCCCCCUCCCCAUGAGCCGGUCAAAACCCUCCGCAGUCUCAUCAACAUCCGCAAAGACACUUUGCGACUUGUGCGGUGUAAUGAAGACAUGAAGGUGCCCGGACAGGAAGCUGGGAAGAGCCACAGCUGCUACAAUAUUGAGUUUACCUUUGAUGCCGACACACAGGUCGCCAUCACGAUAUACUAUCAAGCCAUUGAAGAGUUUCACAAUGGUGUGCCAAUAUACUUGCCACAGGACAGCUCUCUGCAGUCAGAGACGGUGCAUUUCAAACGCGGCGUCUGCCAACAGUUCUGUUUACCUUCACAUUACGUCAACCUGUCAGAAUGGGCAGAUGAAGAGCUUUUGUUUGAUAUAGAUAAAGAAGUCUUCCCCAUGGUUGUACAAGCAGUAGUGGACGAGGGAGAUGAUCACUUGGGACACUCGCAUGUUCUUCUCGCAACCUUUGAGAAGCACAUGGAUGAAAGCUACUGUGUUAAACCUCUUAAACAGAAACAAGUGGUGGAUGGUGUCAGUUACCUACUGCAAGAGAUCUAUGGAAUUGAGAACAAAUACAACAGUCAGGAAUCAAAGGUAACUGAAGAUGAGAUCAGUGACAACAGCGCUGAAUGUGUAGUGUGUUUGUCAGAUGUGCGGGACACACUUAUCCUACCCUGCAGACACCUGUGCCUGUGCAACGCCUGCGCAGACACGCUGCGUUACCAGGCCAACUGUUGCCCCAUCUGUCGACUACCAUUCCGCGCGCUUCUGCAGAUCCGAGCGAUGAGGAAAAAAUUGAACCCGCUCACGCCAACUGGAUUCAACCCUGUCAUUACUUCCCACACCUCAGACUCAGAGGAGCAUUCGGCAUCAGAGCACAUCCCACCCGGCUAUGAAGCUGUGUCCCUGUUAGAGGCGUUGAAUGGGCCCCUGAACCCGUCUCCAUCUGCUCCUCCGCUGCAGGGGCUCACCAGGGGCCAUGUUUCUGGAUCUGUUCCCACAUAUGGCAGCGAUAGCCACCACACGCCCGCACGCUCCCUCUCUCCACUAGAACACUCUGUCAACUCCAACAUGAAUGUGAAACACAAAAAAAGUAGCACUAAAUCCCUUUCCCAGAGUUCUUCAGUGCUUCCUGAGGAAGAAGAUGAGAAAUCAUGCAGUGAGUCUGAAGUGCAAACGUGUAGAAGAAAACUACAUGUAGAGCAGCAAGAGUCUGGGGUAACCCCGGAAAGUGACAACCUCACCCUGUCAUCCUCGGGGGCAAUAGAUCAGUCCUCCUGCAAUGGGACCCCGCUCUCCUCCACUAUCACCUCCCCAGAGGAUCCAGUAAGCAGCAGCCUGGCCCAGUCUGUGAUGUCGAUGGCAUCCUCUCAUAGUCAGCAUUCACAAAUCAGUACCGACACACUUUCUUCCAUGUCUGGAUCUUAUAUGGCUGGGGCCGAGGGAGAGGAGGUACCUGAGACACCUGCAGAGAGCAGGGCCCCAUUCCACCAUGAGGGUGAGGAAAUCCCAAAUUUGGAUGCAAAAGGGCAUAACUUUGUGGCUGCCAUAGAAGAACAGGAUUCAGAGGGAAAUGAUGUCACAGAAGAAGAUUGUGGAUCUCCAACCAAAGAACAGGGUGGGCGCAGGAGGAGCGAGGUGCCUUGUCCAGAGUUUGACAAUAACAAUCAGGGACAGUCUGACACCCACAUUAUGACAGGCCUGGACAAUGAGCAGCCUCCUGACGGCCGAUUCGCUGGUGAGUGGCAACCCCUCGAACAUGGACUUUCAGAUUGGAAGCAAUUGGGUCUGUUAUACCUUGACAUAUACCGUCACGGACGAGAUCCUUUGACACAUCAUGCGUCCACCAGCAACAUCAACCUGGAGGAGCCGGAGGUCAACAAUGAUGUGUCAAACCCAAAGAAUAAAUCUCAUCGUGGACAUCUAGCUGUGUGAAAUCCUCUUAGCCACUGUGCUGUCCUUAACCAAGAACAGAUCUACACGACUUCUAACAUGGUCUUCAUGCCAACAAACCUUUUGUCUGAUUGUAGAAAAUUCUCAUGAUUCACAUCCUACAUGCAAACCAGGGCCUAGGAGGAUGAACUGUGUGAUUUCCCCUCUCCAUUGUUCUAAGUGUUGUGUUUUCAGUGCUUUUUGAUGUUCAUACUGUAAAGCACCACGUUUACACCAACGCUCUGCCCUCCUCCGUGUGUAUGAGCUGAGGGAGGACUCGAGCAGCUCUCCUGAUGAAAUCUUGAAAAACAAGGUCAUGGUAAAGACUCCAGCCUCUAAUCCAGGCAACACUGCGGUCUCUAACAACCAGGCAAAUUUCACGGCUACGCUUUGUGAACGCUCAGAUGAAAUAUGCUGGCACUUAUUUCAUCUAUUAUACUUAACCCAGAUAAACAUAAAUCAUCAUUAAAUCCUAUGUUAUCUGAAAUAACAACAAUUUUAUCAGGCUUGUUCAAUAGAACACUCAUUAGCGGUUGUGAAUACACACCUACAUAACUAUAGUGACAUCACGUCAAAUUCAAAAAUGAAAAUACUGUCAUUAUUUACAUGCCCUCACGUCCUGUCAAGCUUGUUGAGCUUUUAAAUUAGAGGGACGAUUCAAUUAUUUACUAUUGGACACCAGUGACUAUGAUAGUAGGAAAAAUAAUGAUGUUAGUCAAAAGUGCCCCACUUUGGCUUUCCUACUUUCUUCAAAAUAUCUUCUUUUGUGUUUAACAGAACAAAGACGUUUAAAAAACUUUUUUUUCCUACUAUGGUAGUGAAUGGUGGCCAAGAACUGUUUAGUAACAAGCAUUCUUCCAAAUAUCUUCUUUUGUUUACAUCAGAACAAAGAAAUGUAAACAAAUUUUAAACAACUUGAGAGGGAGUCAAUGAUGAUAGAAUUUUCAUUUUUGGGUGAACUGUUCCUUUAAGAUUAAGAACAGAUGAGAACAUUUUGAGCAAUUAUAAUCCCAAACAUUUCUGCCCUCGUAGUUUGCUGCAGCUCACUUUGAGCGAUACAUAGGGGCCUGCAUGUCACAAAUAUACAAAGCUACCGAGCUGCCAGACCUGCAUCACACAUAACGGCCACGGAGAAGACACUUAACUGCUUAUCGCUGAGCCUUUUGAAAUAUUUUGUACUGGGAAAACCUGCCCGUGAGGUCCACAUCUGUGGUCAUAUAUCUCUGCUGUUAAUGGUAUCCCAAAUGUAACAAAGCUACUGUCAAGUUUUUCGUUUGUUUAACAAGCAGGUAUUCAUGCCAUGUGUUACGUGCAAUCUAACAUAUACAUAAGCUACACUUUAAUCUAUUUAUAUCCAAGCCUUGUAAUUACAGGAAAAGCAAAGCUGAUGUAUUGUAGCUCUUCAAAAGAGUGUUGUUGGACUGACAUGGAUUGGUUUGUCAAGUCAUUGAUGUAGUUCUCAUGUAUUGCUUUUGAAAAGUGUUGCACUUUUGGGGAUCCAGUGUUUACUUAGUUCUUAAAGUCUUCAACUGUAAGACAUGAUGUUGAAAAGUGUGCCACAACUUAAAAAAUAACAAUUGAUAGUAACAGUUCUGCCAAACAUAUUUAAUACAAAUAUGACCUGUUUUUCCGUGGGUUCACUUUACACAAUUCCUUUAGCUAAGACAGUUGUCUAGCUCCUUUGUUUAACUGUCUGUAUAACAGAAAGGAUUAACAGUAAUCAAAUAUCUGUCUUCAAAAUGUCUAUCCUACUUUAGAAAACAAACUUUUCUUUUUUGUGUAAAAUAUGUUCUUUUCUAUUUGUUUGUUAGAUUUGCGCUUGUUAUCAAUGUAACAGUCUGUUAAAUGUGUUGUUUAGUAUAUGAAUGGUGUGAAAUUGCUCCAAACGGGAUUGUAUACUUUACACAUGCACUAGUAGAUUUUUUCUCCCUUGACCGCAUAUGCGGUGCAUGAGAUAAGCGCAUGGUAGUUGCAGUCAAGAUAAUAGAAAUUUCUCGUUUGCACUAUAUGUUUAGCUCUUCCACACCAAGCUUCCACACACUAACACACGCAGUUUAAUCAAGAGGCAUUAAAUCACAAGACAAGCAAUACACUGGCAUAACAGCACGGUGUCUUAGAGGUACAGAUAAACACUGUACUCAUGCAUUGAAUGUUUUACAGCGGAAUGUCAAAUUUACCUGCAAAUUUACUUGCGUCUUUUAAGGGGCCCGGAAACUAACAUGCAUUCAGCAUGGAUAUAUUCAAGGGUUUUCUCGAAUUCUGUUAUCUGUAUUGCUUUUGUGAUUCUGUUUUGUCCUCUUUCUGCACCAGAAGGAGUGACACUAAUCCAAUAGUAUGUUAGGAAUGGGUUCUAUCAAUGCUUCAUCACUUUUUUAGAAUGAAGAUUACAAAAUGUCAAAAACACAAUAAACCUUUUGUUAAAAAUA